AUGCUCUCCGGUAUCCUCAUAUUCAACCAAAAGGGCGAGAACCUCAUCUUUCGCGCCUUCCGUAACGACUGCCGCCCGCGCCUCGCCGACGUAUUCCGUAUCCAAGUAAUCUCCAACGCACAAGUUCGCUCGCCCAUCCUUACACUUGGCUCGACGACAUUCAGCCAUGUGAAGCACGAGAACAUCUACCUGGUCGCUGUGACUAAGAGCAACGCCAAUGCUGCCCUUGUCUUCGAGUUUCUGUACCGCCUGGUUGGUCUGGGGAAGGCAUACUUCGGGAAGUUCGACGAAGAGGCCGUGAAGAACAACUUCGUGCUAGUGUACGAGCUGUUGGAUGAAAUCUUGGAUUUUGGUUACCCACAGAAUACUGAGACAGAUACGUUGAAGAUGUACAUCACAACGGAGGGCGUCAAGUCAGAACGGGCCAUGGAGGACUCGUCCAAGAUCACAAUGCAGGCCACUGGCGCCCUGUCAUGGCGGCGGGCAGACAUCAAGUACCGCAAGAACGAAGCUUUCGUCGACGUCAUCGAGGAUGUGAACCUCCUCAUGUCAGCGACCGGCACAGUGUUGCGAGCGGAUGUCAACGGACAGAUCAUCAUGCGCGCAUACCUCUCAGGCACACCAGAAUGCAAGUUCGGCCUCAACGAUCGCCUCACACUCGGCGAGGACAACCUCCAGCAGCCCUCGGGCAACAAAGCCGGCGCCAAAGCCACACGAGCAGCUGCCGGCAGCGUCACACUAGAAGACUGUCAGUUCCACCAGUGCGUCAAGCUCGGCAAAUUCGACGCAGACAGGAUAAUAUCCUUCAUCCCUCCGGACGGCGAGUUCGAACUCAUGCGGUACCGCGCAACCGAAAAUGUCAAUCUACCCUUCAAAGUCCACGCCAUCGUCAACGAAGUCGGCAAGACCAAAGUCGAGUACAGCAUUGCCAUCCGCGCAAACUACGGCUCGAAACUCUUCGCUACAAACGUUGUCGUACGGAUACCAACACCGCUGAAUACUGCGCGCAUUACCGAGCGCACGUCACAGGGUAAGGCGAAGUAUGAGCCGGAGCACAACAACAUUGUCUGGAAGAUCCCUAGGUUUACGGGACAGAGCGAAUUUGUGCUAAGUGCUGAAGCGAGCCUGACGAGCAUGACGAACCAGAAGGCGUGGUCGAGACCCCCGCUGAACUUGAGCUUCUCACUGCUUAUGUUUACGAGCUCUGGGUUGCUGGUCAGGUAUCUCAAGGUGUUCGAGAAGAGCAACUACAGCAGUGUCAAGUGGGUAAGAUACAUGACACGGGCGGGCAACUACGAGAUCAGGUUUUAG